CAGGGGCGGACUGACCAUUUGGAAACUCGGGCACUGCCUGAGGGCCUGGGGUCAGUAGGGGGGGGGCCCCAUGAGAUGCCCCUGGUACCUUUUUUUUUUCAUAGGCUUUUUGGAGUUUGGGCAAGGACACAGGGGCCCCAUGAUCCUCUAUUGCCCGGGGGCCCCAUGAGUUGUCAGUCCGCCCCUAGUUUGGGGACGGCCCCUUCCUGUUCCAACAUGACUGCCCACCAGUGCACAAAGCAAGGUCCAUAA